ACGGCGGAGGAGCGCAGAGAGCAGAGCAGACGGAGGAGGAAGAAGACGGAAUAAAAGCUCCCCGGAGGUGUUGGCGCCAAUCAGACGUCCAGGGAAAUACACACCUUUUCCCCCACUAACGUGGUCCUGAGAUUACCGGCUGGCCUCCGUGGGUCGGCGUUGUGGCCAGCUAGCCUCGUUAGCGCUCCGUCUAUCAUUGUCAUAUUAAUCUGGCCCGCUUCUUUCUGCCCGGAGUCACGAUACUAAUAACGGAGCGGCAGCCGCACGGCACCGGGACAAUAGAGGCGUGUAUCCGCGGGGGGGAUCGAUAGGACACGGCUGCAAAAUGGGGAGGAAGUCCAACAGAGCUAAGGAGAAGAAAGCCCGGCGUCUGGAGGAGAGGGCAGCGAUGGACGCCGUGUGCGCCAAGGUGGACGCGGCCAACAAGCUCGACGACCCGCUGGCUGCCUUCCCCGCCUUCAAAAAGUACGACAGAAAUGGGCUCAACCUGCAGAUAGAGUGCAAGAGAGUGACGUCGCUCAACCCGCUGUCGGUGGAGUGGGCCUUCGAGCUCACCAGAGCCAACAUGCAGACGCUGUACGAGCAGAGCGAGUGGGGGUGGAAGGAGAGGGAGAAGCGGGAGGAGAUGAACGACGAGAGGGCGUGGUACCUGCUGGCCCGCGACGCCGACUCCUCCCCCGUCGCCUUCUCUCACUUCCGGUUCGACGUGGAGUGCGGGGAGGAGGUUUUAUACUGUUACGAGGUGCAAUUAGAGAGCAAAGUGCGGAGGAAAGGGCUCGGAAAGUUCCUCAUCCAGAUACUACAGCUCAUCGCUAACAGCACACAGAUGAAGAAAGUGAUGUUGACAGUUUUCAAACACAACCACGGAGCUUACCAGUUCUUCAGAGAAGCUUUACAGUUCGAGAUCGACGAGACUUCGCCGAGCAUGUCCGGCUGCUGCGGCGACGACUGCUCCUACGAGAUCCUCAGCAGGCGGACCAAACACGGCGAGGCGUCGGCGGGCCACACCCACGGCGGCGGGCACUGCGGCGGCUGCUGCCACUGAUCCGCUUCGGCUCCGGCUCCCAAUCGGUUAAAAAAAAAAAAACAAAAAAAAAGAAAGCCAGCAACUUUGAAUGCUGCGUGUGAACGAAAGCGACUUGGAAAACGAACGUGUGGCGGAAAAAAACCUGGCUGCAGAUAUUAACGAUACUCACGUGUUUCUUUUCGUGUUUUCCUGCUACUAAAUGGGUUUGCAGCAGUUUCACACAUAGCUCCUGUUCGCUACAUCAUUUUUUUUUUUUUUUCUAUUUGUCUUAUUUGGCCGGCGUUCAGACCUUUAUUUUUUUCCAAAUCCCUCCUUGUUUGUAAUUAUUAGUAGAACCCAGUCAAGGAAAAAAAAAAUCAGCGAUGGCGUUUCUCCUCACACAGCAUUCGUGACGUCCUAAACCCAGUCUUUCUUCUUUUCCACCACUGGUUGCUGGUAGAAACUCGCAACUUCCGACCUCCAAGCUGAAUAGCAGCGACACUCCGAGCUCCAUGCACAGUGGACACAACGCGGAUAAAGUUCAAGAGUUAGUCUUUUUCUCCAAUACUACCUGGGAUUUCACUGAAUCGCUCGUCCCGAUCUUCAGGUUCCUCGGGCGGCAACAUUUUUUAAAACUCAACUUGUGCACGCAUACGGUUUGUGGUUUUUUUUUGUUUUGUUUGUUUUUUUGUUAAAACGGCUUGUGAUACUACUGUUACAUGAUUAUGUUCACUCAGUGCGACUCAUCUACGAUUCAACAGGCGAUUUCUAAAUCUGUGGACGCCACCACUGUUUUUAAGUUGGACUUCUCGCCAGAUAAGACGUCCGAAGUUGCCUUUUUCUGUUUCUUGCGCUUGAAUUAUGUGAAGGUUAAAUAGUUUCUCCCCAUCAGUUGCUCUAAGAUUGCAUCCAGGAAAAAAAAAAUCAAAACAGAAAAACCCUGUUUGGCCAUUCAGACUUUUUAAAAUCUACCCAGAGAUCCUUCUUCAGACUGCAGUUUUAGUUGAUCGCCAUUAUUAUUUUCUCUGUUUCACUUGGUUUUUAUCUUUAUCAAGUAGUCUGAACUGAGGAAAUGACUCCCUCUGGUGGCGUUCCAGGACUAGAUGGGCUGUGACUUUUGGCGUUUCCCUCUGUGGCUGCAGGAAAGGAAGGAGGAUAAAUUUAAAAGCUGGAAAAAGUUCUUGUUUUGGGAAAGUUUUAAUAUACUGCAGUUUCGGCGGGAAAUUUUAAAUCAAUGAGACAAUCCAACACAGAAGACCCUGACCUUCGUUUCACAGCAGUGUUCUCGUUCGUUCUCAGUUUCUCAGAAGGUGCUGACGGCCGCCACGUAGACACUCCUCCUCGCUGUACGUAGAACCUACUGAAACCAUCCUCCAUCCCCUCGCCUGAUGUGUUUUUGUUAAGCAUGAGCAAAUCAUAUUGAUUUAACAUGGAUGAGGGUUGGGAGAAGUCACCGCUUCGUGUUACUUUCCACUUCCUGUCAACAUGUGCAUCCUCAGCAAAUGGCUACAUCUUCCCGUUCUGUUUUCAGCCCGUUUGAUAUAUAUUGUAUUUUCUUGUCUUGCUGCUCCAUAACACUUGAGACAGCGGACUCACAACUCGCUGCCAUCCUUAACUUUGAAACAUCGAUGAACACUAUAGUAUUCUCAUGCACGCACAGGAAGUGACUUCUCCAGAGGAUCAGAUGUCCAGUUAAAAUUUAUUUUACAGACUAAACUGAAAUAUUUAUCCAAAUACAGUAAAGAAACAUUCUGUAUAAAUCUAAAUUAAAAAAAAAUAAAAUUUAGAGGAAACAUUUCUUUUUAAAAAGUAAAGUUUUAAUCUGGUGAAAACAGUGAUGUUUAGUAUUUUAUACAAAUCUCCAGUGGAAGAGGGACACACAUGACGGGUUAAGCUAAUGCAGAGGUUUCUUAAAGCGUCUCGCUUUCAAACUAUGGUUUGUUCGAUACUUUAUUUCACCGUCGGUUGAGAUUAAUCUCCACCUAAAGAUGGUUUAGGAGUUCCUCAUUGUCAGUUUACAAAACCUUCAGGGUCUUUUUCUACACUUGUCAGUGCUUGUUGGCUGAGUUAGAGGCUCCUGUCUGGAAACCCUGAAAUCCCAGGACUGUCGUGGGUCUGUUACAAUCUCGGGUGGGAACUAUACCUCCGUGGAUUCUUCUGUCACUCCAAUAUCGGAGGAUUCAGAGCAGAGGACUUGCAUGUCGGUUUUUAUGUGGUUCCAGAGUCCGUCUCAUAUUGUUUUGUGGCCUCCUUGUGAACUGGUCAGUGGUGGAAUGACGUUUAAUUGGCUGCAGUCGAACUAAAAACUGCCUGCAGGAUGACACUAAAUCCUCCGUACUCUUCCUCUGAAAUUGGUACGUUCAUACAAGUCAAGGCUGGCCUUGAGAACUCAUUCAGCUGAUUAAAAAUGUGAACAACGUGCGUCCUGAGAUAAUCCGUUUUCCACACAAGAGCAAAGGUUUUGUGUGUCAAACCGUUGGCCUGGUUCAGUCCUGGUGUAGACAUUUUUGGCGUUUCUAAGAUCACCAACGAUGAGAACAGUUCCACAUAAUGCUUGUUUUGAGACUAGACUACCUUCUUAUUAGCACAGUAUUUCAUUAUAAUGUUCUCCAUAAGCGACAGUACAAAGAGGAUGUUGUGCGUAGUGGUAGUUGAUCAAUCGGCUGACGGUGUCUCUCUCUCUCUCUCUCUCUCAGGUUAAUCAAACAUAUUCAAACCUCAUGUUUUACUUAACGGCCAUGUUGUCAGUUAGCUUUCGGCUGGAUUGUAUUGACCCACGUUUCUGAUCUGGAGUUGGAUUUCCUUUGUUUGUCGUGCCGUUUUACGCUAAGGAACACAGAAGAAUCAAAGUUUUCAUUUCAGGCACAACCCGCCAAGUACCGACACUCUUUUUCCCCGAGUGGGUGGAGUUUUUAUUUCGUCUUUUAUGUUGCAGUGAGAAGCACCUGAACUCAUACCCCUCAAAAAUGUGACGUUGCAUGACAGUAAAUAUAAGUUACAGCUGAUCCCAGAUCUGUGGUCAGUGGACACGUUCAAUCCAGCUGUGUUUGGAAGAAAAAGAAAAAAAAUAAAAACUAAAAAAAAAAAAAAAAA